GUUUAACAGUUUACAGUUACCCACUGAGCCACAAGAGCCCCAUGUCCGGCGCUGAUUGCGAUGCCUACCCUCCCAUCCUCCUCCACUCUCUCACUUUUCUCUUUUUUUUACUAGCCUAUACAUACACUCCUCUUGUAUGUAUACUCCUCUCCCUCUCUCCACCUUUUUUAUACAUUUUCUGGAGAUGACUCACGUGAUCCGUUAGAUCUACACAUGAUUUUCGAGAGCGGAGUGUGAGUUUGUUGACUUGAUGUGAUUUCGAAAUUCGAAUAGCUCGGUUGUUGCGGUUGGAGAUUGACCGGCGAUGGAGAAUCGCGUGAUUGUCGAUAGCUCUCCGUAUUUGAGUUUAUUGGCUGGCUUGUCAUAUGGCAUCUCUUCAAUGGCUAUGGUAUUCAUCAACAAGGCAGUUGUUAUGCAGUAUUCAGAUUCAAUGACUCUUCUUACUGUCCAACAACUUGCAACUGCCUUGCUUAUUCAUUUUGGACGAGUGAUGGGAUACACAAGAGCGAAGGCAUUGAAUAUUGCAACAGCGAAAAAGCUAAUCCUAGUUUCGUUGUUUUACAAUGCAAAUGUAGGUUUUGCAUUAGCAAGCCUGAAAGGAGUUAAUAUUCCAAUGUACAUUGCAAUAAAAAGACUCACGCCACUUUCUGUAUUAGUCGCUGGUUAUUUUUAUGGGAAGGGCAGACCCUCAGUUCAGGUGACUCUUUCAGUAAUAUUGACCGCUGCUGGAGUUGUCAUUGCUGCGCUAGGAGAUUUCUCCAUCGAUAUUUUUGGAUAUAGCAUGGCAGGCACUUCUGUGUUCUUCCAGACCAUGUACCUUGUGCUGGUGGAGAUUUCCGGUGCAGAGGAUGGGCUUUCUUCGAUUGAAAUUAUGUUCUAUAACAGCCUAUUGUCCUUACCAUUUCUAAUGCUUCUCAUUAUAACAACCGGAGAAUUUCCAAAUUCACUCGCUUUAUUAUUCGCAAAGAGUACUUCAUUAUCUUUUUUGGUGAUCCUGAUUUUGUCAUUGGUGAUGGGAAUAGUUCUCAACUACACCAUGUUUCUAUGCACGAUUGUUAACUCGGCUUUAACAACAACUAUCGUUGGAGUCCUGAAAGGUGUUGGAUCCACGACACUUGGCUUUUUUCUGCUGGGAGGAGUACAAGUUCACGGAUUGAAUGUUGCCGGAUUAGUGAUCAACACUGCUGGGGGUUUGUGGUAUUCAUAUGCCAAAUAUCAGCAAAAGAAAAGACCUCCAAAGAUUGUUCCUGAUGAGGAAUCUUAUAAUAAAUAGAAAGAACCGGUGAAUGAUGUUAUUAUUUGGAGACCUGAUUCUUAUACAAAUGCCCCAUUCAUUAAUAUGUUUAUUACAAGUAGGGUGAAUUGAUAUGUAUUCCAUGUCAAAAUUAGCUUCAAAAACUCCAGUGCCCUUAAGUUAAUCAUCACCUGUUUUGUCUUGAUUAUCAAGCCUGUGUAUUUGUUAUGUAAUUAGAAAAGAUUAAGUAGGCCAAAGAUUUGAUCACUUGUAUUUGACAUUUUUAGUUCACAGAGCGAAGCUCAAAUUACAUUCUUAGACAAUUUCUGAUU